CGGGCGGUUCGGGUGGGCCGAGAGGCGGGAUAUGGAGGUUUGAAUGUGAGAUCAGUGCAUCAUCCCCUUGCUGCACCACCACCACCGCCACCUGACUUGAGCUCCAGCUCCAGCUUCAGCUUCAGCUCCAGCUUGAGUGAACUUCGGUCUGAUCUCAUUCAGAGCACCGGGAGACAGGCAGACAGGCCAGGCCGGCUGCUGUCUGCUGUAGCUUGUCGAGAGGAGAUAGGCGGCCCUGCCAAAAGGUGCGAGUUUGAAUCUGCGUGGCGCAAGUUUUGAAGUGUAGGGGGAAUGGGGACACUCGACUGAUCUCACUCACUCACUCACUCACUUCUCUCACUAGAGGACUUGCUGCUCGGACUGCAGCGUUGGUAUCUAUCUAUCUGCCUUCUCUUCGUUCGAGUUGGCUUGGGCUCGUGAUGAUGAGCUCGUCCUAGAGCUCAUUCCGGACUUGCGCUUCGAGGCUUGCAGGAGUGCGGACUGGCAGGAGCAUCAGCGUCGAUAUGAACGCUGAAUCUCGUGGAUCGUGAGCGGCGCCUUCAGCUGAUUCUGCGACGAAGAGCAGCUGUUCCACAUUAGCCUCGAUGGCGGACACCCCUGCAACAAGAGCCUAGGAGGGCAGCGAGCGAGCUCUCGAGUCGCGCCGGGAGCGACAGGAGGAUCGAGUGCUACUGCUAGACCUGGUGACGAGAACGCCGACCCCUUCAUCACCGACGGUCGUGGAAUCUCGAGACUGCCUUCUCGAGGAGUGUCGUUCCCCGUCGGUCGGGAUCAGGUGCAUGGAGGAGGUGCUAUUAUGCAACAGAGCAGCUCGCGGGUGCUAGUGACGAGGAAGGAAGAAUGAGGGAUCAGCCCAGUUUCAAAAUUUCUGAUAGAGACUCGCGCUCGAGGAGCUUGCCGGGAGUCAGGAGUGAGGUGGCGCCAGCUCGCACCUUGGUGAGAUAGCAGUGCAACAACGAUGGGUGCCUCUGGCAAGUGGUUGAAGACUCUGAUAAGCGUGAAGAGAUCGAAGUCGAGCUUUGGAGAGAAGGAGGCCAAGGAGUCAUCUGAGGGCGGCGAGAAGGAGGAGAAAACUCCCACCAAUCCUCGACGCAUUCUGUCGAAGCUCAGUGCGAACUUCAAAUCCUCUUCAGCUGAAAAGGAGGAAGGAAAGGAUGUUCGGGCUGGUUUCCAAAAGAAGUCGGCGAAUGAGAAACCGUCUCGGCGGUGGAGCCUGUGGAAAUCAUCUGUGGAUGAUUAUCAGGAUGUGGAAGAGGCAUCAGAUGGAGACGACGGAGCGGAGGAGGAUGUGCCAGAUGAGCCAGCAGUUGUGGAAAUUGAGGCAGAUCCCACUCCUGUCAAGGUUGCUGCUGCUGUGGUUCGUCUCAAAAACUCGCCAGUAGCUCUCCAAAUGCUCAAGGAGGAGCUCGCUUCCAUCCGCAUCCAGACAGCUUUCCGUGGCUUCCUGGCGAGGAGAGCGCUGAAGGCAUUGAAGGGCCUGGUGAGGCUGCAAGCUCUGGUCAGAGGACAUGCGGUGAGAAGGCAGGCCGCCAUUACUCUGCGCUGCAUGCAAGCUUUGGUGCGGGUCCAAGCUCGAGUGCGAGCUCGCCGAGUCCGAAUGUCCAAGGAGGGGCAGGCAGUGCGUCGUAAGAUCGAUCAACACCGCCGCCGCGAGGCUCUGCGUCUUGAAGCCGAGCAAGGAUGGUGCGCAACAACUGGAUCCGUGGAGGAAAUUCAGUCGAAGCUUCAGCAGAAGCAAGUCGGAGCGAUUAAGAGGGAGAGAGCGAUGGCUUAUGCCUUCUCUCAUCAGUGGAGGGCGAAUUCGAGGCCGCAGCAAGUGUACUUCGACGAGGCGGGAACGGAGAAUCGACACUGGGGCUGGAGCUGGAUGGAGAGGUGGAUGGCAGCAAGGCCAUGGGAGCAUCGCACGCCGGUCUCGAACAGAGACGCGGCGGAGUCAGUCCAGCAAUUAUCAGUGCACGACGAGCUUCCGCCGAUCGACAUCCAGAGGGAGAGAUCCGAGAGGUGCGAACGGGGACUGAAGCCAUGGGCGAGCAGAACCGCCACGGCCAGCUGCAGAACUUCGCCCAGCAGCUCAGCCGUCGCUGCGGCUGCUCCAUGCCCAGCGCAAUUGAUCACUCGCCAGUACUCCAAUCUGGGAUCGCAGGCCAGCAUGCGAAUGUCGUCCUUCCAUAGCUACGAUCAGCUCUCGGAUCGAGACGGAAGUGUGUCGUCCUCUACUCCUCGAUCCGCCCCGAGCCUCGUCGCUCAAGCUCACGCAGCCGCAGUUGCAGCAGCUGCUGCUGAAGCUGCAGCAUCAGCAUCGGCGCAGCAAGCGCAAGCCGCGGCGCAAUCUCUGCGCAGCAGCAGGUCCGUGAUCAAGACGGAGGAUCGACAGCGCGAGCGCGAGCGCGAGAGGGAGAAGGAGAAGGACAGGGAGAGGGACAGGGAGACGUUGAGGGAGGAGAGGGCGAAGGAGACGGUGCGCGAGGAGAGGGCGCGGAGCGCGGCCACGUACUCGAUGCAGUCGGGCAAGCGGUCCUACAUGGCGGCUACCAAGUGCGCGCAGGCCAAGUCGCGGUCGCACAGCACGCCGCGCCAACGGCCGCUGUUCGACGAGAACGCGCAGGUCAGCAAGAAGCGCAGCGCCAACUCGACCCCCUUGGCCGACUGGAACUCCAACCAGCAGCAGCAGCAGCAGCAGAUCCACAAAUCCGGGCCCCUCUCGGUCGAGAAGCUCGGCAGCUCGGGCAAAUCCAUGCGCGUCAGCUGCAACAACAAUUCUGCUGCAGCUGCCUCCGCCGACAACCACACUUCCAUGUCGGCCCGGUCGAUUCUGCGCUCGUACAGCAACAAUGGCUCGAGCGGCCGGCCCACCAUGAAGAGCGCCGACUUCUCGUCGCUCUCCUUCAACGGCGAGCCUCGACGCCCUUUCCGCUGAUCCGGCAACUCUGAUGUCCAAUUGGAUGUCCAAUCCGCUGAUCCGAUGUCCAAUUGGAGCUCUGCUGCUGCUGAUGCUGCUGGGGGGAGUCUGAUGAAGCUCUCGGUCGGUCGGAAGAUCGCGGAGCCGGAGGGGAAGCCUCUGGAUCUGCUCACGAGCUGUGGCUGCUCUCGCCAUUCCUGACGGACGGUGACGAGCUUUACGGUCAGAUAGACAGAGAUGGGGGAGAAGAGCGAUGUCCGUCAUUAGAGGGCCGGAUGGGAACUCUGAUCAGGAUUCUGAUUAAGUGAGUGAGUCAGGGAGGGGAGUGAGGAGUGAGGAGUGAGGGAGGUGCUGGGAAGGCACAUGACUAGUGAUGUACAGAGAAACGAUCUGAGGAUGCGUCCCUUCUGCUGGAGUGUCAGAACAGCUCUGCCCUGCGCUGCCCUGCCCCUGAUCUGAUCUGAUCUGAGAUCUGAUCCUCACGCGCUUUCUGCGAUGUGCAGAUACUACAGCUGCAACGCUAGUUGCAAACAAUCUCUAGACGCUAGAAAUAAUCGAGAGGGCAAGUUUGUUUGCCCCUCAAUUUUUGCGAGAACCUCGAGCGUGCGGUCGGUCAGUGGACGACGACGACGACGACGGCUCGAGGAUUCUCGGUUUGCUGAUCACAGUUGGGCCUUGGUCAUCAUCAUCAUCAUUCGCAUUGGAACUGUAAUUUAGGUUUUUGCUCACUGCCGAGCGGAAAGGACGACACAUUUCGCCUUUCUUGGUUCGAUUUCUUGUUCGAUCGGUUGACGGAAGUGUCUGCCAGUCUCGCAGCUCAUUGGAGAAGAGAUUAGACCCAAGUAGCAACAUUAUCAUUGUGGAACACCAUAACUUUGUAAAUUCCUCCGUUUUUUCGCCUCA